AUGGCCGCUUAUCUGAAACUAGUUCUAAACUUAGUCCCUCACUUUGAGAGGUUUGAACUGGUCCAAGUCCCAUGCUUCGAAAAUACACACGCAGACGCCCUAUCCAAACUUGCUAGAAGCAAGGAUUCUGAGCUGCUAAGAAUCGUUCCAAUCGAGCGUCUGCCGAAGCCCUCCAUCUCCAGAGGUGAAGAAGUAAUAUGGAUUGAAGAUAUCCCACCUUGGAUGCAACCCAUUAUAGCCUAUCUCAAAGAUCAAUCACUACAACCCUCAAAGAACGAAGCAAAGAAGUUGAGAAGAAGAGCUGCUCACUUCAUACUUCAAGAUGGUGUGUUAUAUAAAAUAGGCUUAUCAUCACCCCUACUCCGGUGCUUUGGAUGA